CCCAUGUCCUUUUCCAAAAAAAAAAAAAAAAAAAAAAAAAAAAAUGGACAAGCCAUAACACGCCCCAUGACCCGGAGUUGACUAUCCAAAGGUGGAUCACCAUUUCUCCAUAUACUAGCUGAAAACACUCCAAAAUUCUCUCCCAAUUCAAAGAAACAUGUAUACACACAAAAGGGUCUCGAUAUUCUUUGCCUACAUAACCCUUGUCUGCUUGGUUUCAAAGGGUAUCUAUGCAUCUGAACCUGAAUUCGGGUCGACCCGUGUUGUCUUUCAGACAAAUUAUGGAGAUAUUGAAUUUGGUUUCUACCCUAGUGUUGCGCCAAAGACAGUAGAACACAUCUUCAAGCUCGUGCGCUUGGGAGGCUACAAUACCAAUCACUUUUUUCGGGUAGAUAAGGGUUUUGUUGCCCAAGUGGCUGAUGUUGUUGGGGGAAGGACUGCGCCUAUGAAUGAAGAACAAAAGGUGGAAGCUGAAAAAACUGUUGUUGGUGAAUUUAGUGAAGUGAAACAUGUGAGAGGAAUCCUUUCAAUGGGAAGGUAUGAUGAUCCUGAUAGUGGCGCCUCAUCAUUUUCAAUGCUCCUUGGAGAUGCACCUCAUCUUGAUGGCAAGUAUACAAUAUUUGGCAAAGUUACAAAAGGAGAUGAAACACUGACAAAGCUUGAGCAGUUACCUACUAGACGUGAGGGGAUCUUCGUAAUGCCAACUGAACGCAUCACAAUUCAUUCAACAUAUUAUUAUGACACCAAGAUGGAAACUUGUGAAGAAGAGAGGUCGUUGCUGAAAAGAAGACUUUCUGCAGCUUCUGUUGAAAUAGAAAGACAGAGAAUGAAAUGCUUUGCUUGAUAAAGUGGGAAAAGAGGAGGUCCGGUGACUCUUAUGGAAGCUAUAUAAGUUCUCCGCCACUUUACACGGAGUGAGUGUAUGAUGGGUGUCAAAGGGCGGGUUGGGUUGAGAUUGAAAAUAAUAAAUGGGUUGGGUUGGAUUGGAUUGAAUAUCGAGUUGGGUCAUGAUCCACUCAAAUUCACUUUGGGUUGAAAUAAGUAAAAAAUGGGUUGGGCCGUUUAAUCUAAAAAAUAUGUAUAAACCACAUAAAUCUCUCCUAUAAUGAAAGUAUUUACUUAAAAUUUCGGCUGA